AUGGCUUCCUGCAUUUCCAGCAGGCGUUCUAUCUUCUACUUCGGCUACCUGAUCGCACAAUGGCCGGCCGGAUUGGCCUUUCAAAAACCCCCCGUCGGCAAAUUCCUAGCAUGGACAACAAUCAUAUGGGGUGGUCUCCUGAUGACAACCCCAGCAUGUCACAAGUUCGCCGGAAUAGCCAUAAACCGCUUCCUCCUCGGUCUAGUUGAAGCAGUCGUCAACCCCGGCUUUGUACUCCUAAUGAGCAUGCGGUAUACCUCGAAAGAGCAGCCCCUACGCCUGGAAGCAUACUACUGCACGAAUGGCAUCGCGACCAUGUUUGGCGGACUAAUCGGCUACGCUGUCGGACACAUCAAGAGUGGCCUCCCUAGAUGGAUGUACGUGUUCCUCAUCUUCGGCGCCUUAUCAAUCGUCACUGGUAUCUUUGCGCUAUGGCUUCUACCGGAUCUUCCCUCAACGGCCAAGUUUCUUACUGAGCGACAACGAGUCAUUGCCGUUGAUCGCGUUGCGGUUAAUCGCCAGGGUGUGAAAAGCCAUCAAUUCAAGUGGUAUCAGGUGUGGCAGGCUGCUCAGGAUCCAAAGACCUGGCUCCUAUUCGUUAUGGCCGUGGGGCCACAGGUGCCACAGUUGGCGUUGACGAGUUUUACCUCUAUCGUCGUCGGUACUUUCGGAUUCGAUACCCUUGGAACACAAUACCUCCAGAUCCCUGGCGGAGCAGUCAAUUUCUUGACUCUGAUAUUUGGAGGCUUUGUCGCUACCACGACAAAUUCCAUUCGCGAUUCGCGUGCUUGGUUGUCGCCAAUACGGUUUGCAUCAUCGUUUCGGGAUUAUUAG